AAUUUUCCCUACCAUAUUUUAUUCACUUUGACAGCUACCGGGAUUCCUAUCGUUUCGUUCACGGUCUUCUCUUCACAUUCUUAACAAACCAACCACCACUUACCUCACCGGAGACGGAACAAAAUAUGGCGGAGCUUCCGGCGCCGGAGGUACAAACAAACGGCGUAGGACCAACUGCGACACUAAACCCCUCGGAACCUCAUGGAUCGAAGCGCCAACGCAGGCCAAGCGUCCGAUUAGGCGACAUCGGAGACCAACCCUCAGAUUCCCACCAUCGCCGCACCUCAAAAUCUUGGCGAUUCGGCAUCGGCAACGUCUCAGGUAAACCCUCAAAGACUCGUCCUUUGACCAAUUUGACUUCGGUAUCCGAUUUCGACGAAACACUAGAAAACGAAGAACGAGAAACCAACACAGACGGCGUAAUCAUCGGUAGCUGGAAAGUGAAACGAGGUUCCAAAAGACCUCGAUCGAAUUGGGGUUCUUCGCGAAUCGAGGAAGGUGAAAAUAUAGAUGACGAUGAUGUGCAUCAUGAUUUUGAAGGUGAUAACUCGGGUAGAUCGAUUCAUUCAUCAGAGAAUUUGGGUGAUUACAAUGCUAGGGAUAGGAAUGAAGAUGGCGGAAGAGGUAGUUGUGGCGAAGAUGGUGUUAGAAUUUGGCUUAAUGGAUUAGGUUUAGGUCGUUAUGCACCUGUUUUUCAAAUUCACGAGGUUGAUGAUGAAGUUUUGCCUUUGUUAACUCUUGAGGAUCUUAAAGAUAUGGGUAUUAAUGCUGUUGGUUCUAGAAGGAAAUUGCAUUGUGCAAUUCAGAAGCUUGGGAAGGGUUUCUCAUAAGCUUCUUUGAACUUUAUAUAUUCAUAUCAUGUAGUUUGAGAAAAUUCUCAACCAUUGCAAAUUAUAAUGCAAGUUUAACUCUUAAUUCAACUUGAGUUUGAGUA